AUUGUCACUAUACUUUUCCCUAAAUCCGCUUGUGCUGUCUGCUACUUAGUCUUAAAUAUCAUGCCCAUGUUUGCAAUAUUGUUUGUAGGCAUCAGGGGAGGCAACAAAAAAAAGGACACACCCACAGGUUGGUUACCAUAGAAAUAGUUGGGAAGCAACAAACCGGACAGAGUUGAACUUUUCAGAUGAUGUUCGACUUCACUGUAAAUCUUAACAGCCUUGGCUUCGAGUGUGGAUUAAGUGAAUAUGAAAAAGAAUUCAUAUUCCUUCGUGCACGCGCUACUGGAUUGACUGUAUGUGGAUGUGUACAUGCAGCAUUCUUAUGCAAACUUGCGUAUUCAUUGAGCAUUGGCCUACCAAGACAGAUUGAAGAUAUAGAUAUGGUUUUACUGCCAUCAAAUGUAUCUAAAAAAGGAAAAGGUCUGACUGUUGGUGUGCUUGGAGGGGGACACAUUGGAAAACAGCUGGUCCAAGUGCUUCUUGAAAAGAAUGGCCUAAAACCGUCACAAAUCAACAUUUCCUCAAGGAGGCCUGAAACUCUAGAGGAAUUUGUGAAGAGGGGUAUCAUGUGUUACUUUGACAACCAGCGAUUGGUGGCCUGGGCAGAUGUGCUGUUCCUCUGUUGUCUUCCCUCUCACCUACCCAAGGUGUGUGCAGAGCUCCAAUUCCACCUACCAAAGCACUGCCUGGUGUACAGCUUCCUCUCUGCCGUACCUUUAAACAGAUUGGCACAGCUUCUUGGUCACAGCUUCAUUCUCAAACCACAGUAUGAGUUUGUGGCUUGUGACUCUGUCAACAUGUGGCUUUUCCGAGGUCAUGUGACCGCGGCGUUGAAAGACCCAGAAGUAAUAGAUGCAUCCUGUCCUCUUGCCAUGAGAGGUGGGCUCUGUCUGGAUCCAAAGUGGCUGUUUGGGUUGUUGUACAGUCUCUUGAACAUGUGCACUGCGGCAAAUGUGGGAUCCACUGAAGCUCUUGGGCUGAUCAAUGAGCUGUUCCAGUUAAAAGGUCCAGGCACUGUGGCAUUCAUCCUGAAUAAUUUUGUCAAUUCCUCCUAUGCAUCUUCCCUGACACCAGAUGAGUCUUUCCCCUGGAUUAAUUUAGUUGAUGUUCAGUCUAAGGAGACACCAUUAUCAUGCUUCAUAUCAAGAAAUAACAGUAUGCAGGGUUGUCUCUCUGCUCUAUACAAUUCAGUAAUGGUGGAUCCACUGAAGGGAAAGAAAGAGACUGGAAAACCGAAAGAUGGAACUCUGUCUGUCAUAACACCAAGUCAUUGUAAAAAAUCUGAUUUUGUGUGAUGUUGAUUUACUCUCAAACUGUAACAGAAUAAA